AUGCAACUUUCACUCAUCACCAUGCGCCUCGGCGUCUCACUUUCUUUCGCGAUUGGCGUCACGCAGGCCGAGUACAUCAUUCAGGAUUCAUACAACGCAACGAACUUCUUUAACGAAUUCAACUUCUUCUCCGAUAAAGACCCAACAGACGGCUUCGUCGCCUACUCGAAUGCAGCCUCGGCAAACUCGAGUCAACUUGCGGGAUACCUCGAUCAAGGGGUCUACCUCGGCGUCGACUCUACAACCGUCGAUCCAGCUGGAGGCCGUGGUUCCACUCGCGUCGAGUCAAAGAAGACCUACACACACGGCCUCUUCAUCUCUGAUAUUGCACACAUGCCAGAAUCAACUUGCGGGGUUUGGCCUGCUAUGUGGACUGUCGGCGGAGAUUGGCCCGCAAAUGGAGAGAUCGACAUCAUUGAAGGCGUCAACACGGAUACCACCGAUACGAUCACUCUUCACACCUCUCCUGGAUGCAAUAUGGAAAGCACUGGAUCCAUCGCCACAUCGACACUGUCAACCACUGAUUGCAAUGCAGGACCGGCCACAGCAGGAUGCUCACUCACAACGAAAUCCCCCUUUGGCACGGGUUUCAACGCAGCUGGGGGUGGAGUCUACGCUAUGGAGUGGACCUCAGCGACCAUUAAGGUCUGGCACUUCACCCGCGACGCUAUCCCCGCCGACAUUACAGCUGAGAACCCAAACCCGAAUACUUGGGGACCGCCUGUUGCAGCUUUCAGUGGAAGCGGAUGCUCGAUAGACAGCCACUUUCAGAAGCAUCAGAUCGUGAUCAACACCACGUUCUGCGGGCAAUGGGCCGGGAGAGUCUGGGACAACGACGAGACGUGCUCAAAGCUGGCUCCCACCUGCGAUGCGUACGUUGCCGCCAACCCGCAGGCUUUCGAGAGUGCGUUCUGGCAGAUCAACUCGGUUAAGGUCUACCAGGCCAACAUGGCCGGAGGUGCUGCCAAGAGGGCGCAGCCGUUCUCUGGAUAG